AUGCGAGAGCUGCGCAGUGGAGUACGAAAACACCGUGCUCCAGUAGAACCACCCCUGCAGCAGUGUCGCCGCCAAAACCAGCCUGCGAAGAAGCUAAAACAAUCGGAGCAUCUGGUGGGAAAUUAUAUAAAAACCAGGGCCGCCAAAGCGAAAGAAAAAGGGAAAGAGGCGACCGAGGAAGCGGAGGCACUGAAGCCUAGGCGACAAGCAACGAAGAGGAAGGGGAAAGAGGUCGUUGUGGCUGAGGAGAAGGAGGGCUCAGGAGAGAAAAAAGGUGAUAGUUUCAAGAAAGAGAAGAUGGGGGAUGAGAGUGGAGGGUUGAGUGCUAAUAAUAAUAAGGGUACUGGCCAGGAGGAAGAAGGGAACACUGCACCUUUUCCUGAGAGGGUUCAAGUAGGAGGCUCACCGGUCUAUAAGAUUGACAGGAAGUUGGGUAAAGGUGGAUUUGGUCAGGUAUUUGUGGGCCGCCGUGUUUCAGGAGGAAAUGAACGCACGACUGGUCCUGGAGCUAUGGAGGUAGCUCUGAAAUUUGAGCAUAGAAAUAGCAAAGGCUGUAACUAUGGCCCUCCCUAUGAGUGGCAAGUCUACAACACUCUUGGUGGCAGUCAUGGAGUUCCUAAAGUACACUAUAAGGGAAAGCAAGGAGACUACUAUGUUAUGGUUAUGGACAUUCUAGGGCCUAGCUUAUGGGAUGUAUGGAAUUCUUCGGGACAGUCGAGGACCAUUGUUGAUGUUAGUUAUGUGCAUGGAGAUGUAAAACCAGAGAAUUUUCUUCUCGGCCAGCCUUCGACAGCACAAGAGAAGAAGUUGUUUCUUGUUGACUUGGGAUUGGCAACAAAGUGGAGGGACAGCGGUAAUGGACAGCAUGUUGAAUACGAUCAACGUCCUGAUAUGUUCAGAGGGACAGUUCGAUAUGCUAGUGCACAUGCACACCUGGGAAGGACUGCCAGUAGAAGAGACGACCUAGAAUCACUUGCUUAUACACUCAUUUUUCUUCACCGAGGCAGACUACCAUGGCAAGGGUAUCAGGGUGAUAAUAAAUCAUUCCUAGUUUGCAAGAAAAAGAUGGCUACAUCUCCAGAAAUGCUGUGCUGCUUCUGCCCUGCACCUCUUAAACAAUUUCUUGAGAUUGUAGUGAACAUGAAGUUCGAUGAAGAGCCCAACUAUAUGAAGCUAAUAUCUCUGUUUGAGGGACUGAUUGGACCGAAUCCUGCUGUUAGGCCAAUAAACACGGAUGGUGCUCAAAAGAUCAUCUAUCAAGUUGGUCAAAAAAGGGGUAGAUUGAAUCUUGAGGACGAAGAUGAUGGGCAGCCUAAGAAGAAGGAUGGGACUGCAAGAGGCUUUAAUGGGUCUUCGUAUGGGCAGAUUUCUCUUUAUGAUAACUCCAUUCAAGGUGUGAUUCUCGACCAAAACGAGUCUAUGGUAAGGUACCAUUAUAAUGUCGCGGAUGCAAGAUUGGGACAACAUGUAGAGCGAGGAAAUGCAGAUGGUUUACUUAUAAGCUGUGUGGCAUCUUGUUCCAACUUAUGGGCUCUCAUAAUGGAUGCUGGAACUGGCUUCACAAGUCAAGUCUAUGAGCUGUCACCUUUUUUCUUACACAAGGAAUGGAUCAUGGAACAAUGGGAGAAGAAUUAUUACAUCAGUUCAAUUGCUGGUGCUAACAAUGGAAGCUCUCUGGUGGUGAUGUCCAAAGGCUUGAAAUGUGACAUUUUUUGGUGUAUUCCUUUCAACACCAAAAGUUUCUUGUUUUGGGGUAAGUCAGUGUCAACACUUAUUACUGUCGGCACCCAAUACUCGCAACAGUCUUACAAAGUAAGCGACUCCUUUCCUUUCAAGUGGAUAAAUAAGAAGUGGAGAGAAGGGUUCCAUGUGACCUCUAUGGCAACUGCUGGUAGCCGAUGGGGUGUGGUCAUGUCUCGCAAUGCUGGCUUUAGUGAUCAGGUUGUGGAGCUUGAUUUUCUGUACCCAAGUGAGGGCAUCCACAAACGCUGGGACAAUGGUUACCGUAUUACCUCAACAGCCGCUACCGGGGAUCAAGCUGCUCUUAUCUUGAGUGUGCCCAGGCGCAAACUUACUGAUGAGACUCAGGAGACUUUACGAACAUCUCAGUUUCCAAGCACACAUGUUAAGGUGAACACUUGA